UUGUUAGUAUUGGGACUGGGAAGAUUGAGACAGACCGUCUCUCUCUUUUGGGGGCUUCGGCCAUUGUUGUUUGUUCAUCUUCUAAUAAAGCUUGUGAAGUUCCUUUGAUUCCUUCUGUGAUUUUACUGUAAAUUCUGGUGACUCUAACAGUGGUAUCAGAGCACGUAGAUUCUGUGGAUGGUAUUGAUGCGUACGAAGAUGGAUUUAUGGAUGAACGAACUGGAGGAAAACCAAAAGAGAUUGAGGGAAACAUUGGAGAGAAAUCAACAACAGAUGAAGGCGAUGCUUAAGAUGAUGCAGGCCACGAUCGCGAAAUUGGCGGAGCAAGACCAAAGUCGUUCGCGAAACAAAUUGCACCCUUCACAUACGUCGCAUCGUUCUUCGCAUCAUGGAAACACGAGAAGUUCCGCUAGAGCAGAUGGAUCAGAAGAAAAUUCCAAGUAUUUUGUUUCGCACCAAGAGCAGAAGCUUCGCAAGGGACAGGGAGAUCGAUCGAGGAGUAGGCAUCAUCCGGUAUCGCAGACGGAGUCCCAGACGAAAUCGCGAACUUCUUCUUUAAGUUCGCAAUCGCAAAAUCCUUCUGAGAAUUCGCAGACUUCCUCACCGGCCAUCUGUUCGCAUCCAAGAAAGGCGCGAUUGAGAGGAGGAUCUUCUUCUUCGCCUGAGGAUCUUAACUGUUCAUUUUCUUCGUCUAAAGUCACCUCUCGGAAUUCAGCUAGUUCUAAGACGGAAGAAUUACCGCUAUUCAACGAGGAUGAAGUAUACGAUUGGAUAGAUAGGAUGGAAAGAUACUUUCGAAUCCAAGCUAUUGCAGAAAAAUUCAAAGUGAACGUUGCAGAAAAGGCUAUGGGGGAAGCCGCGUGUGGCUGGUUUCAAUGGUGGUGGGAAUAUCAAAAGAGAGAAGAUAGUUGGAAGGCUCUAAAGGAAGACUUGAUUAGGGAUUUUCCACCUAAACACCGGCAGAAGACAGGGAGGACAGAAAAACAGGUAUCAUCAAGGUCGCCAAGAACUCCUCUUAGCACACAAGUUUCACAACUUGCGCAAGAAUUUUCCCAGUCAAUAAAGAAGAACCAGAUGGAACCAACUGAACCUGUAAUCAAACAAAUGAAUAAUAGAGACGAAAUCAAGGACGAAAUCAAGGAGAAAAAACAGGUUAUUCAAUGGCCAGAUUAUGUUUCUACUAGUCUUGUAGUCGAUGUGGAUUUAAUUCCCAGCCAAGUUUCUAUUAUUGAUCCGCUUAUCCAACCAUGUUCCUUUGGAAAUAGAGUCCUAAUGACUUCUGAAACUAGUACAGAGGCUCAGGAGGAGGAGGUUGAGAUUGUUUCAGGAGAAUCUGCUAUUAUUAUGGGGAAACCUCUCACAGAUUCAGGAUGAUGACAAGCCUAGCCAUUUCCAACACCUUGGCAGAAAUUCACUGCAACUUGCAACUCUAAAUAUCAAAGACUUAGCAGGUUCUUUACCUGCUGAGGUAUCCAAAUGGGUACAAGUAAGGUGGGCUAAGUCUUCAGGGUUUGGUACAAUAUUGCAGCCAGGGGUUGAGAGCAUGUUAGGCUACUCCCAGCUUGACUUACAUGAUUCAUUUAAAGCACCUGGAAAUUAUCUCAUGUUGGAAGACAUCUCUGCAAAGACAGCUCUAUUCUUUCCUGAUGUUUUUGAAUUCGUCACAAGGUUAAUACAGAGAAUGACCCUUAAGACUUACCAGCAAGCUCUAGGCGAAGUUGUUGAUACAUCAAAAUUUUCAAAGAAUCUCUAUGGUGAUCCGUUCCAUUCUAUGGCAAGAUUUUCUGGAAUGCCAUGAAAUUACCUGGGACAGAAUGACCCUGGUUUUCGUUGGACUUAUGAUCCUUUGGGUGUGCAGUAUAAUGGAACAAAUGUUACUUCGGGUCAUGAUGUGGGAAUACAAUUGGAGAUUGUUGAAGUCUUAAAUUCAGAAAGAGAAAUACCGCAUGACUCAAGUUCUCUUAAACUUUCUUCUGACCUGAGUGUGGAUGAAGUUCUGUAUGAGCUAUUCAGUGCGAAGUCUCACUCAAGAGAUAGGAUGAAAUCAGAGGCAAAUGCUUUGCUAAGGCUGAUCAAGGAUUUUUCAUCUAGAGGACUAUAAGUAUGGGAACUGCUGAUACCGCCAUCAGCGAGGUACUGGGAAGGGAGAGGAACCCGGAGGAAGCUGAAUUCCAAGCUUGGUUCCCAUCUCCCCACCUUGAGGACAAGGUGGAUGUUUAGGAGGGAGUAGUGAUAGGAAUCAGGCCCAUUAGACUAAGAAUAGAAAUAAUAACAACAAUAAAUGUAAAGAGAGUAUAAAUAGCUUGGAAAGGGAAGUUAGUAGAGAGGCUGUUUAGACUUGUUAGUCUUGGGACUGGGAAGAUUGAGACAGACUGUCUCUCUCUUUUGGGGGCUUCGGCCAUUGUUGUUUGUUCAUCUUCUAAUAAAGCUUUUGAAGUUCCUUUGA